AUGUCCGAAACAUUCCUGGAAGCCGCCAAUUAUACCUCGAUCUCUGCGCCGGCCGACGUCGACGAGUGGAUCUUGUCUGGCCUGACUCAGCGACUGUCGAACCCCCACACGGAGUGUGAAGUCGUCCAUUGGCACGACUUGGACGUUGAGCCCGGAAAACCCGUCCCCGCCGCUUCCAAGUCAGUAACCAGCAAGCUCGUCUCCUCCUCGGUAUGUUGGUCGAUCGCUUAUCACCCUUCCUAUAGGAUGGUAGAGCUUCCAAGGCCGGUCUGGAACGACGUCAAGGAUGCUCCUGAGACCAAAGCAGCCCUUAAGCGUGGUGCCAAGACGCUCGGGAGGAAAUGA